UGCCGUCACCUUGACGCAGCUCUGACGGUCCGGAGCCAUGACAACGCGCUCUGGAGCGCAGACCGGGAGCGGCUGACGGGCGCGAGGAUGGCAGCAGAAGAUGCCCAGUAACGGAAACAGCGGCGGAAACCGAGCGAACACCGGGACCUGCUCCGGCUCUCUCCAUGUCCCGGCCAUGGAGAGAGCUCGGCCGGUGACGGUGACGGUGUCCGCGGUGAGCCUCGCGCUCAGCGUGCUGUCCCUGCUGCUGCUGGUCACCGCCAUCUCCACCGACCACUGGUACGAGACCGACACCCGCAGGCACAAGGACAACUGCGACCGCCACGGCUCCGACUCCAACGACCAGAAGAACCGGGAGAUGCCUAUCUACCACCUACCGUUGGUGGACACCGGCAGCGGCGGGGCCCGGCAGCGGGACGUGGCGCUGAUGAAGCCCGUUCAUGUGGGCAGCAGAGAGGAGGAGCUGUUGGAGAACUGGCGGGCCAUCCUGGGGAUGGGCAUCCUGGAGACCGAGUGCGGCAGGCCGCUGUUCUCCACUCACUCCGGCCUCUGGAGGAAGUGCUACUUCAAGAGCCUGGACCCGGACAUCGACAAGCUCAUCGACCGGGGUAUCGCUGACCGCUGUACGGCUGUGAAGUAUCAUUUCUCUCAGCCAAUCAGAUUGAGGAACAUCCCUCUGAACCUGACCAGAACCAUCCAACAGGACGAGUGGCACCUGCUGCACCUCCGGCGGAUCACGGCGGGCUUUCUGGGCAUGGCGGCAGCGGUCCUCCUGUGUGGGAGCAUCGUGGCGUCGGUGGGUUUCUUCUGGGAGGAGAGUCUGACACAGCACGUCUCCGGACUGCUGUUCCUCAUGGCAGGGAUCUUCUGCACCAUCUCUCUGUGUACGUAUGCAGCCAGUGCGACCUACGACCUCUCCAGGAACCCUCCCUUCAUCUACGGUCUCCCAGCCGACGUGGAUCACGGUUACGGCUGGUCCAUCUGCUGCGCCUGGGCCAGUCUGGGACUGACGGUGGCCGCCGGCUGCCUCGGAACCACCUUCCCCUUCCUGAGCCGGGCCGGAGCUCUGCGCUCCAAAACAGCCCGCGAGUCCUCAGUCUGAGCCGCAGGCUGUCAAUCAAACAGAGGAGGAGGGGUCAAUGACAGGAACCUCGCACAGUGUUUGUUGUACCAGGUUUAUGUGGGCCGGGUCCUGGACAGAUUAGAGGCGGGUCCAGGUGGAGCUGCAGGAGUCCAGCACCUGUUUCUAAAAUGUGUUCAAUGAAUUGCACUUUUAAUCCGAAGCAACGUGUUCGUCAGACAGACGGGAGGUCAAAGGCCGAGCAGUCGAGUCCGAGUCAGACUGAGACUUUAAACCAGCACUGUGUCAGAUCUGGUUGUAGUUCAGUCCCACUGUGGUGAAUACAUUGUUCUGACUACUACUCUAACCCGUAACACAGCCAGACAUCAACAAGGUCAACAACAGCAGACACAGCGGGCAGCUGAACAGCAGCAGGAAGGCCAGGGUCCGUCUGUCUGCAGCCUGUUAUUGCACCUGGACAGCCCCACAUUCACUCUUCCUCCAUCAGCGUCCUCCGUCAGCGUCCUCUGAGCUCUCUCUGAGGGCCCAGUGCAAUAUCCAAAUCUCAAGAAUCUGCAUUUGUUUGAAAAAGGUAAAAAAUGUGACAGCAGCAUUAUGAUGAAGCACUGUAGCUCCGAUAACACAGUCCCACACCUCCAGGGCAGAGCAGCUAAGCUAACUAGCUAACAGCCACUUAAUUUGGCAGCAGUUUGUUUACUGUCCAUCAGAAAACUAUGUAAAUCACAGAGAGUUGAGGCAGGGCAACCGGAGGACGUCAGAGGGAAAACCAGGAAAUAUUUUCUCCAUUAAAUUAUUAAAUCCCGAAAUCACUGACUGAGUUGAUGGUGUGAGACUGUAAAGCUCUUGUCCUGACCCGGAGACCAAAGUUACACAGUGCAAGAACAGGUGGACAGAGAAACCUUCAGUCUGUUACAGUCAGUGGAACAUCAACUGGUAUUCUGGUAUUAUAAAGUUACAUAAUGACGUCUGUCAUAUUAAAUAGUCCAGAUCAGUGUCUCCGGUAUGGGGGGCGGGAUGUGGAGGUCUGGACCAAAACAAUACAAUAAAAUGCAGAAUAAACGACAGAACCACAUAUGGACUCGGACUGAGAUCGGACUCGACUGCUGCAAAAAAAACUGAACCUGAUGAUCCAAACCUGCAGGUCCACUGGACCUCAGUCAGUACAGCCACUGUCCUAUCUGAAUUAUUGAUUUAAGAUGAUUUAUCAUCAGAUCACAGUGCAGAACAUUUAACCUCAGUCCUGUCUGGAGGACUCGGAUCGAUCAGAUUUAGUGUUUCAGACAGUCCCUCCAGGAUCUCACUGGCUUUUUUUGGGAUUGUUGUGGCCUAAAAUGUCUAAUUUCACUGCAGCUUUUCUAAAAAAUGAUACACAUUGGGACGUUUUCAGGCUUUUUUUGCACUGAAAUUUCAAGAGGAAGUGAAAAUUGCUGAUUUGUUUUUCUUUGUGUAAUUAAUCACAAAACAAAGGCAACCUGUCCAGUGAGAAUAAAACGUUUUGGGAGCCAUUGCUCAGAUUAGAGUUGUUUGGAUUGGACAGAAUUCACACAGAUUGGUUGAAUUUGUGUUAAUUGUUACAACUUCCUGGAGGGACUGAUUAAUGUGCGUCCAGGCUGUAAAGAAUCCGUAGAGUUAAUGUUUCACACAAAGGGUAAUUAAAGGUGUGGCUGCUUCAAAACGUCUUUCCAGAGAGCGUCGGGGGAGCGAGGCAACGUGCAACCGGCUUGCAGAGAAAGCAGCAAAGAUAGGCCGGCUAAAGCAGCUUAAAUAAGGCGCCCUUAAUGAUAUUUGCCAAUUGGAUGCUUUGAAGGAAUCAGCUGAUGUGUGUUUAUGCUCAGCUGUGAUCAACUGAUGUAGCUGAAACUGAGAGCUGAGCUUGACUUCGUGGCCUGCCUGAACUAACACUGUGCUUAAUUUCUGGUGAUGCAUCUCUUUGUGAUCGACCCCUGAGAGGCGCUGGCACAGUACAGAGCAGUCAGUCUGAACUUUAAUAUAAAUACUGUAUGAAGUGAAAACAGCUACAGAAAAUCCUUUAAACACCAAUCAUCCUCAUCAGCAGUUUUGAACACUUAAAGCUCUUUAGAUAAGAUUCAUUCAUCCUGAGGGAAGCUGUUGCAGUACAAAGUGGGAAGAGUGCAAAUAUAAAAUAUACACAACACCAAAAAUAUGAACAGGUUAACUGUAAGGAUCAUUCUUGGUGGUGUGCGUAUAGACGUGUAUGAGAAUUGUCAUAUAGCAAAUCUGAUGUACAGGUGAGUGUUUAUAGUGAUAUAUUCACAGCUACAUGUACAGAUAACGAUAUGUGGUACGAGCAGGGCUGAGUAUCAUUACAAAUAUAAUAACAAUAAUGAUUGAAAGACCAACUUUUUUUAUUGAACAAAAGUCGUCAAAGUUGGUAAAACCAGCAACUUAAAUACAAUCAGUCUAAAACGGAGUUCAUCCACACACACACAGAGAUGUGUAUAUAAAGUAUAGUGUGUUUUUUACCUGAUACGAACAUAUGAAUGAACUGAAGCAGUGUUAUGAAGAAGUAAAUGUAAAUUGAGCCAUCGGCCUGCUAGCUGAGCCUCACACUGACUCUGACCUGGAGUUUCACUGUCCAGCUGAAUGAGGAACAUUGCGUUCUGUGUGUCUGGAGAACAUUUAUCACAGAACAUCUGGACUAGAUGAAACCCUUUACUCUUCAAACAAGUCAACAAACAUCUUGGAUCAGAUUAACUGGUCUCUGACACAGGUAGUCUGGGUCUAAACAGCUGGUCCAGGUGUGUAAAUUGACUCAAUGCUGCUGCUUGGUGCUUUAUUAUUUAUUGAAUUCAGUCAUCUUCAGCUCAGUCUCAGAUCCUACAGCAGGCUGAAAGCCACGUCUUUACCCUCUGAUACCCUCUCAUGUAUACGUAAUGUCCCCUGAUACCCCUUCUUAUACCCUCUUACAGCACAGGCUGAUGAACAUUUCCUCAUCAGGUCUGAUACCCCAAAGACCUCUCAUUACCCCAUCAUACCCCUCCUAUACUCUCAGAUACUGUCACAACUGGUGCGAGUGGGGCAACAGGAAUAGACUGACAAUGGAGGUAGAUCAGUGACUUAUUAACAAAAUAAGGAACAAAGGCUUACAGGAUCAGGCAGAAACAGGUUUAGGUACAGUGCUGGGUUUGGGUUCUGGCUGAUGAGGAAACUUGUAACUGGUGUUUACCCUCUAAACCCCCAUCAUACUCCUCUUAUACUUGCAGAUCUUCCCUGACACCCUCUUCAAACUUUAUUAAGCCCUUAACACAAAAGUCUCCAGAUACUUCCUAUACCCCCUAAUACCCACCCUGUAAACUCUGGUACCCUUGAAUACCCUUAAAUACUAAUAUCACCCUCUGAUACUCCAUGAUUCCCAUCUUUGAGUGAUCUUUUUAUGCCUUGUACACCCAUGCCUGAUACCCCUCCUGUUAAUCCAGAAUUCCCUCUUAAAACCUCUAGUACCCUCUGAUAUCCACUGAUACCUUCUGAAACUCCUCCUAUACCCUCAGAUACCCCAUGAUAACCGUCCUAUACUCUUCCUAUACUCUCGGUUACCCUUGAAUACCCUCUUACACCUCUUUAUAUUCUCGGAGACUCCCUGAUAACCUUCAUUCUCUCAAAUACCCUCUCACAGUUUAUCCUUUGAUACCCUUUAAUGCCUCCUGAUACCCUUUGAAGCCUCCCCUCUGUACCAUCUGAUACCCCUGAUACUCUAUUAUAUCCCCUAAAGCCCGAUCAAACCUGAAACCUUGUGUUGCCCUCUGCUGGACACUCAGUGUGUGUUCAGUUGUAAAUAUCAACAUCUUCAGACUGAUUCUCUUCUCUUCUGCAGUGUUUAUUCACUUUUGUCUGAUUUCAUUUCAGUGAAGUAUUGAAUAAAUGAUUAAAUGUGAGAUCAA